GAGAAGGGCAGGUCCAGGGAGACGAGUCGGCAUUUGCUCCGCCUCUUAAGGCGACUGCGACCUCCACGCGGACUCGGGGAGCACCCUGCAGUGUGGCUCCUUUAAACGACUUGGUGACACGUGUGUGAGGCUCUGGAGGCCCGGAUGGUGCGCAUGCUAGCCCGGCCCGGAUCGGACGCUGGUGCUGCGCGGGCCUUCCGCGGGUUCCCGAGAGGCCUAGGAGGUCGAGGUCGAGCGCGGCGGAGCGCAGGAACUUCCGCGGGGCUUGGGACGAGGAGGGUGCGCGCUCCUGUCCGCGGGUUUUGGGGAUCCCAGCGAAGGCUGACAGGAAUGCACCAUGCCAAUUGUCGAUAAGCUGAAGGAGGCUCUCAAGCCUGGCCGCAAGGACUCAGCGGAGGACAGUGACCUGGGCAGGCUGCUGGCAGCCUCAGCCAAGAAGGUCCUUCUGCAGAGGAUUGAGUUUGAACCGGCCAGCAAGAGCUUCUCCUACCAGCUGGAGUCCUUGAAGAGCAAAUAUGUGCUGUUGAACUCCAGGGCUGAGGGAGCCAGUCGCCACAGGAGCGGAGAUGAGCUACAAGCCAGGAAACCAGGCACAGAGCGUGUGUCUGGAAGUGGAGGCGAUGGAGUCCCCGCCCCACAGAAGGUGCUCUUCCCUGUGGAGCGACUGUCCUUGAGGUGGGAGCGUGUCUUCCGCGUUGGCGCGGGGCUGCACAACCUGGGUAACACCUGCUUCCUGAACUCCACCAUCCAGUGCUUGACCUACACACCACCGCUGGCCAACUACUUGCUCUCCAGGGAGCACGCACGGAGCUGUCACCAGGGAAGCUUCUGCAUGCUGUGUGUCAUGCAGAACCACAUGGUCCAGGCCUUCGCCAACAGCGGCAAUGCCAUCAAGCCUGUCUCCUUCAUCAGGGACCUGAAAAAAAUUGCCCGGCACUUCCGGUUCGGGAACCAGGAGGAUGCACAUGAAUUCCUGCGGUACACCAUCGAUGCCAUGCAGAAGGCCUGCUUGAAUGGCUACGCGAAGUUGGAUCGGCAGACACAGGCUACUACCCUGGUGCAUCAGAUCUUUGGAGGCUACCUCAGGUCCCGAGUGAAGUGCUCUGUGUGCAAGAGUGUCUCAGACACAUACGAUCCCUACUUGGACAUAGCGCUGGAGAUUCGGCAAGCUGCAAAUAUUGUGCGCGCUCUGGAACUUUUCGUGAAGUCAGAUGUCCUGAGUGGAGAGAACGCCUAUAUGUGUGCUAAGUGUAAGAAGAAGGUUCCAGCCAGCAAACGCUUCACCAUCCACAGAACAUCCAACGUCCUGACUCUGUCCCUCAAGCGCUUUGCCAACUUCAGUGGAGGGAAGAUCACCAAGGAUGUUGGCUAUCCAGAGUUCCUGAACAUCCGUCCAUACAUGUCACAGAGCAGCGGCGACCCUGUGAUGUAUGGGCUCUACGCUGUCCUGGUGCACUCAGGCUACAGCUGCCACGCUGGGCACUACUACUGCUAUGUGAAGGCCAGCAAUGGACAGUGGUACCAGAUGAACGACUCCUUGGUCCACUCCAGCAAUGUCAAGGUCGUUCUGAACCAGCAGGCCUAUGUGCUCUUCUAUCUGAGGAUUCCAGGCUCUAAGAAAAGUCCUGAGGGCCCUGUCUCCAGGGUGGGCGCCACUCUUCCUAGCCGUCCCAAGGUCAUUCCAGACCACUCCAAGAAGAGCCCUGGCAAUGGGGUUGUUUCCUCCCCAUUGAUGGCAAAGCGACAAGAUUCUGUAAUGAUGAGAAAGCUGCAGGCUCCUGAGGAGGUUGGCGUGCCUGUGUCCAGAAAUGGGUCCGUUGUUGGUCUGAAGUUACAGAAUGGAUGUGUUCCUGCAAAGACACCUGCCGGGUCCCCGUCCCCAAGACUCACGCCAACGCCCACACACAUGCCCACCAUUCUGGACGAGCCUGGAAAGAAGGUGAAGAAGCCAGCCCCGCCGCAGGCUCUCACUGCGUCUCCGACCACUUCUCAGGGCUCUCCUGGGACCGGCGAAUCCAGGAGCCAGCGGCCUGGCUCCUGGGCAAGCAGAGACACCAUCUUCUCUACCUCACCAAAGCUCCUGGCCAAAGCCAUUACUAAUGGGCACAGGCUGAAGGGAGAAGGCAGUGGUGUGGACCUGGAGAAAGGGGCUUCGAGCAGCUCGAGCCCCGAGCACUCUGCCAACAGUGACCCUGCCAAGACGCCUCAAACCUCAGAGGGCGGAGCGGCGCACGGCUGUGAUUCUCAGGGAACAAACUGUCCUGCCACUGGCCAUCCCAAAGCGCUGUUGAACGGAGUAGAUGCCAAGACGGUGAAAGUGAAGCCCCCUGCCCUGAGCAGCGCCACCACCGAGCCCACGAGCCUCAUGUCUCCUCCACCAGCCAAGAAACUGGCCCUGUCGGCCAAGAAGGCCAGCACCCUGCGGAGGGCGACCGGCAAUGACAUCGGUUCACCUUCCCCCUCAGCAUUCUGCGACCUCACCUCCCCCAUGAAAGCCACCCACCCCGUCGUUGCCUCCACUGGGCCUGUCAGUAAGACCAGGGCUGCUGCUCCUGCUCCCCAACCAUCCACCCUCCCCCACUCUGCAUCACUGUCCAGUAGUAGUGCCAAGCCCUUAGGGACCUCAGAGCCACAGAGUUGCUGCUCCUCUGCCUGGACACCCCCGCCUCCAGUCCAUGGACACUUCACGUCCCACUUACACCAACUGCCAGAGGCCAGCGCGGCCCUACACAGCCCCUCCAAGAAGAGGAAAAAGACCCCUACUGGAGACCCCCAGGGACUGGGCACAGACACACUCCUCCCACAGUGCCUCAGGGGAGCACCUGCAGCAGCACGCAGGAAGAGAAAAAAGAAGUGCCUAGAGGGUGAGGGUGCUAUGGCUCCCCGGCAGGAAGGCCAGUGUCAGGACCAGUCUUGUAGUCCCCGGGGCAGGAAGGAAGAGGGGACGCAGCCCCAGGUAAAUGGCCAUCAACUCAGUCACAUCCUGGACAGUUACCAUGUGAGCAGCAGAAAAAGGAGGAAGAGGAAAAGAUCAGAAGGACUCAGCCAAGAAGCCACCCUGUGCCAGGACCUACUUCAGCACAGCUGCUCCCCUGCAGACCACAGUGAGCCCGAGGCCAGGACAGAGCUGCAGAAGAAGAAGAAAAGACGGAAAAGAAAGCCUGAGCCACCGCAGGGAGAAGAGAGCAAGCAUCCCGAAGGCCAGAGGAGCCCAAGGCCCAGUGUCACUCCAGUCCCUGGACUGAGCGUGAAUGGCCAUCUUCCUAGUGACCGCCUGGGGCUGGGACGAGCACCUCUCGUUACCUGGAGCAGAGAUCAAGAACCCGAUGUGGUCCAGGAGUUGCUUCAGGACUCAUCUGAUAAGGCUUAUGGGAAAAAAGUUUUGACCUGGGAUGGUGAGCCUUCAGCCGUCAGUCAGGAUGCCAUCAAAGACAGCAGAUUGGCCCAGACCCAGACCGUGGUUGACGACUGGGAUGAAGAGUUUGACCGAGGGAAGGAAAAGAAAAUUAAAAAGUUCAAGAGAGAAAAGAAGAGAAACUUCAAUGCCUUCCAGAAGCUUCAGAGUAGACGCAACUUUUGGUCUGUGACUCAUCCUGCUAAGGUGGCCAGCCUCAGCUAUCGCCGCUGAGCUUGCUGCGGCUGUUAGAGGAAGGUCAGUGUGCCUGUGCCACGGCAUCCAGAGCUGUCACAUCUCAUCCUUGGAACUGUGUACUUGGAUCUGAGGAGUGGCCUGUGUAGUCUCCAGUACACUGAGCCUGCCGGAGGCCCUGGUCCCACCGCUCACACAUGAUCCAGUGCUCAGCUCAGCUCAGGGCCUCUGGUGGUUUCAUGUUGAACCUCACAGGAGCAAACCUGGCCUGUGGCGUUGUGCUGACAGUAACCUUGGAGACGUCUGGAAAGGCUGAGCAUCUUCCUCAUGGACCCUGGGGUCUAGGUAGGAGAGCUGUUCCUGGUCUGGGGCUGUCAGGACGGAACCGAGGCCAGCAUCUCCCAGCAAGUCCUUCACCCAGAAGGGUGGCAUUUGGUGACGCCUUUUCUGGCGAGCCAUCCUUUGUUCUCUGAAGCUGGAGCUGUCCUGUGGCUCUCCUCUUAGAGGGGCAUCUGUAUGACUGGCUGUCAGCUGCUACAAGAACAGGCCCUGCUGACUGCACUGCCCCCAUUCCCAAAGUGCAUCUCCUUGCGCCACUCCUCCUGGAAAGCUGCAGCGGCACAGGAGAACCUCUGCCUCUAAGGCUGUCAGCCCUGAGGGGAGACUGUCGAACUUCUACGUCGCCAUAACCCGUGGGUCUGGGUCAAGUUGGUGGUCUUUGGAGACAAAUUCUCCAUUAUUUUACUCCUUAUGAUAAAGCCUUUCUUUUUGACCAGGCCUGUGGCUGCCAGUAGCAAUGUUUCCCUGAUAUGCAGACACUGGCUUUGUUUGCUCAGUUUUGUGAGUGCUCUGAAAUCGACAUGCCAGCCUUCCCUGUCUUGCUCAAGCUGCUCUGAAAUCGACAUGCCAGCCUUCCCUGUCUUGCUCAAGCUGCCCCUGUGGACUUAGGGUUAACAAACAAGACUCCUCAGCAAGGGAAGACAGCACCCAGGAGAUGGAAGGUGCCAGAAGGCUCCUCCUCGUGGGUGCAUCUCUUCUUUCCCCAAGCCUUACCCUGCUCUGGGCUGGGCCUCUUGGGAGGGGCUGGACUGCCUCUCAUUCCCACACGUAGCGUUCUGUUCAGCUGCUGGCUCAGGGUCUCACUUGCUGCAGAUGUGGGAAAAAAAAAGAGUUGUGUUCUUCAUGGCCCGGAGGUGAGGUCAUGUUCCCAUGUGGGUGUUUCCUUCCUGUUUGUUUCUUUCUCUUUAGAAAAAAGGAGAGGACUGUGCUCCACGGUGGGUCUGCUGGGCGGGCGAGUCUUCCAGCCGAGUGUGAUGGUCUUUGUGUGGCUGCUGUUGUGGCUAUCGUGUCCAGGAGUGCUGUGGACUCCAUGUUAUCUCAGAGGGAGGCAGGCACCCUCAGGAGCAGGGAUUGUCCUCCUGAGGUACUGCCGUCCUUCCUGUAGCUGCUGCUUCCUGGGUAUAUCUGUUUUCUUUACGACUUUCUCUAGUAGAAAGUUGGAGAGUUGCCAGCACAGAACUGCUCUGUCUCCCGUGUCUCCUCUAGAUUGGCUCCUUCCUCUGUGCACUAGAUUACACAGUGUAAGGUCCCCUCCAGGGGUGUAUAGUCCACUGCCUCUUGGGCUGUCAUGAUCCCCCACCUGCCGUCCUGCUGCUGGCAGUGUGUGCUGCUUGCAGUGAGGACAAGUCCUUUUCUUCCUUAGAAGCCAUUGGGGACAGGCCAUGGGCAGAAUGAGUUGUUGGUGACGUACUGACAUAAAUAACUGAAACUUUUCUAAAAGUAGUCAUUUUGUUGGAUCAAAUCAAAUCAGUUUGAACUGUGUGCUUGGCAGUAGAUGUGACUUAGGCCCGUUUGCAGGGCCGCCUCCCUGGUGUCUCUGUCCUUGUUCACCUGCCUGUUAGGGGCUGUUUCCAUCCAACGUCCUGUGUGGCUGCGUCUGUUUGUGUGCAGGAAUCCCUGGACUCUUCCUCUUCAGGGGCCCCAGAUAGUGCCAAGACUUUGGUGCAAUAAAGUAAUGCAUUUUUUGUGA